AUGAGCCAGUAUGAGAGUGAAAUUGCUAGAUAUGGUCCAUUCCAGUCGAUAGCAGCGGUCUUUGAGAGGUUGGACAGCGAGAAAGUAACGACUAAGGAGAGUUUUAUUGUGCUGAUAUCCCUCGAAAGCAUGGGUUACAAUAUCUUCAUUAAAGAGAAUGAUAGCACGUACCGUUCGGUUGAUGGCAAGUUGCAAGAAGUAAGAGUGAGGCAUAAUUUGGUGAAAUGGAAGAAUCAGACGUUUCAAAUCAAUGAGAGUGAUCUUCUGUUGCUCGAAGAUAAGCGCCAAUGCCUUGUGCUGUGGAUAAAUGAUGUGAAAGCCGCAGACGCGAUUGACACUGACGGUGGAAAACCCUCCCUAGUGGGUGGGCUCUUCCAUAGGCAUCAGUCACAGGAUUUUUCCGCAGAUAUGAGUGGCUUGAUCAAUGACUGGAUACGGUUCGUCAGUGAUCCUCAGAAAUCUAUUACAGACGUGGUCUUCGGAAUCAAUAACGUCAUUAAAUCCUUGCCAGAUGAAAAUUCAGUGAAAAUAUUUGAAGCUCGGCUUUAUUCCUCUAUAUGGAAUAAAUUAGUACAUCAGACUUCGGAACCCCAGAAUAUUGACAAAUUCUAUGGUUGCUACAUAUCCUUUCAUGAAUUAAACAUUAAUGACUAUUAUUCUCUACCAUUUAACAAAUUUUCAUUGAGAGAUGUGGUCUUUAUCGAGAAUGUGGUCGAUCUUGCAUGUAAGGAGUUUGUUAAACUUCGAGAAUCCCUGUCUUUUGACGAAAAGAUUGAUAUAUUACUCAGUACUUUCAAUAUACUCACUUCAAAAUUGCCGCAAUUGGAGAUCGACGCAGACAACCUUCUGAAUUUUAUGCUCAUUAUUAUUAACAGAGUCAAAUUAAACAAUUUGAAUGAACAUUUCCAUUAUUUACAAAAUUUCAAUUUCAAACAAAACAAAGAUUUUGGUAUAUUGAAUUAUGCAAUCUCUACAUUGGGAGCUGUUUUAUACUAUAUUGAUAAUAACCUGGACAAAUUUAAAAGAUACACUGAUGCUAUCCAAGAUUCAAAGAUCAGUGAAGAAAAAUUGAAAUAUCGUAAUGAAAAUGGUGAAUCAUAUCUUUGCCAUUGCAUUAUAACAAAAGAUAAUGACACUCUACGUGAAUUACUCUUUUCCAGUGAGUAUAUAAAAAAUUUUCCAAUGGAAGACAUAUUAGAUGACCAAACAAUAGAUGGAUCUACACUACUUAUGGUCGCUGUAAAAUGUCUAAACACUACUGCGGCUUCGAUUCUUAUUAAUAUCAUCAUAAAUAAUGGUACUCCUGAUGAGAUACGAACCUAUGUUAAUAGUGUAGAUGAAAACAACAGAAACGUGGGACAUUUUAUCACUAACCAAUAUUACUUGCUGUGCAAAAUAGGACCAUAUUUGAAUUGGAACUGUAAAGAUAAACGGACGGGUCAAACGCCUCUUUUCAACAUUUUCAGAUCCUACGAUCAAUCAAUAAAAUCAUACAAGAAAAUGAGUCGUCGCUCUUUUCGAUUCGCUAUGGAUAGUGGUGAUUUCCAAUUGAAAAAGCACAUAGAUAAUAGUAAUAACACUCUCUUACACAUUUUGAAAACAAACAUUCAAAUGAUUUUGCCUCAUGCAAGUUUAUUUAUAAACAGCCCAAAUUCCUUAGGGAUGACUCCAUUGAUGGUUUUUUGCAAAUACAGGAGACUUUAUAAUAUUCAAAUACUUCUAUCCUCAAAAUUUAAGGAUCGAGUUAGUAUUUUCGAAACUCAGCAGGUACAUAAUGCAUGGUCUAAUUGCUUUAGUUUAACCAAUGAUGAUCAGAUACUUAACCUCCUAGGCAAAUUUGCUAUAAAAAAUUACUCGAUUUUUGGAAAUUGUUUUACUCAUUCACUAAAGCAAUUUUUACAUAAAUCAAAGCAUGGUAAUAAGAAUCAAUAUUCAGUUAAAAUAACUUUGAAAUUCGAAAAAAAAUAUAAGACAAUACGGUUCAAUAUCAAGACGAUAAAGGCAUUGAUUAAUAUGGUUUUGACUUCCAAUAGCCACGUAAGCAGUUUUUUGCCGCUUUAUAAGGUUUUUAAUGAAUUAAAUGGGAUUGCCAGCAUGAUUUCUACAAAAUCCAAAAUUCUUUUCAUUAAUAACCUGAAUGUUAUACUAGAUACAAUACUUUUUCUUGAAUUGGUACCGAGAGAAGGAUUUAUUCUUGAAGCAAGAUUAAAGGAUUAUUUAAGAAAUCAGCGUAAAAUCAAAACGGUGGCAACUAAGAGUAAGAAGUUACAAAUUGAAGAUAUUAAUAUGAUAUCAAAUUUUUUAAAAUUCAAUUUAAAUGAAUUGAAUGCAUUUAAGAACGGUGUCAAGAAAAUAUUACGACAAAUGAAUUCAAUUAAUUUAAAAUUAUUUGAUCAAAGGAUUUCAUAUAUGGAUUUACUUCAUUGUCCUGACGUCGUAGUCCAUUUAAACAAUCCCCUAUGGAAUCUCAAUUAUAAUAUUUUAAUAUCAAAUUUCCAAAUUUUGGAAAAUUCCAUUGAUAACACAUUGCAUUUUUUGAAGGUUUUCCAAAAUGAAAAGAUCAGGAAAUGGUGGAAAUUAAAUAAUGAGUUGAUUAAUCUGACAAAGCUGGCAUCAAAUAGCGAUGAUGAUUUACUACGAUCCUUUUUCAAUAGGAAGGAAAAAUUGUCUAUUGAAAUAGAUGAUAAAAUCAGGUCGAUUAAUGAAUUAAACUGUGAUAUUUUUGUCAGCCAUGAGUUACUUGCAGUGGAAAUCAACAAUUUUAUGAAAUUUAAGCCACUAUUUAUUACGAGGACUUUGGUAGUUUGGGCGCAUAGAAAUUGUUUGUAA